ACUGGUGAAAGUGGCAAAAGCACCUUUAUCAAGCAAAUGAGAAUCAUCCAUGGGUCUGGUUACAGCGACGAAGACAGAAAGGGGUUCACGAAGCUGGUUUACCAAAACAUACUCACGGCCGUGCAAGCCAUGAUCAGAGCCAUGGACACGCUGCGGAUACAGUACGUGUGUGAGCAGAAUAAGGAAAAUGCCCAGCUAAUCAGAGAAGUGGAAGUAGACAGGGUCUCCACGCUCUCCAGGGACCAGGUGCAGGCCAUCAAGCAGCUCUGGCUGGACCCGGGAAUCCAGGAGUGUUACGACAGGAGGAGGGAAUACCAGCUGUCAGACUCUGCCAAAUAUUACCUGACUGACAUUGACCGAAUCGCCUUGCCCUCAUAUGUGCCGACGCAGCAAGACGUGCUUCGUGUCCGAGUGCCCACGACUGGCAUCAUCGAGUAUCCAUUUGACCUGGAAAACAUCAUCUUUCGGAUGGUGGAUGUUGGGGGCCAACGAUCGGAAAGGCGGAAAUGGAUCCACUGCUUCGAGAGCGUCACCUCCAUCAUUUUUUUGGUUGCUCUGAGUGAAUAUGACCAGGUCCUGGCUGAGUGUGACAACGAGAACCGCAUGGAAGAGAGCAAAGCCUUAUUCAAAACCAUUAUCACCUACCCCUGGUUUCUCAACUCGUCCGUGAUUUUGUUCUUAAACAAGAAGGAUCUUUUGGAAGAGAAAAUCAUGUACUCUCAUCUAAUUAGCUACUUUCCAGAAUACACAGGGCCGAAGCAGGAUGUCAAAGCGGCCAGAGACUUUAUCCUGAAGCUCUAUCAAGACCAGAAUCCCGACAAGGAGAAGGUCAUCUACUCCCACUUCACGUGUGCCACCGACACGGAGAACAUCCGCUUCGUGUUCGCUGCCGUGAAAGACACGAUCCUGCAGCUGAACCUGAAGGAGUUCAACCUCGUGUAGCAGCUGUGCCCGCGCCGCGGGGGACACGGGACUCGGCCCCUCGGCCCGCUGGGCAGCACCGCGCUGUCCCCCCGGCCACGGCCACGGACCACGGACCACGGAGCUUG